AUGAAGAGACAUCCUGAGUUAAGCUUACGGACACCUGAGCCGACCAGUGUUGCACGAGCCAGUGGCUUUAAUCGCCCACAAGUGGAGAGGUUUUUCGAAAAUUUGAGGGACGUCAUCGAGAAAAACAAUAUUUUGCCUGAAAAUAUGUACAAUGUAGAUGAGACAGGGAUCCAAACCUCUACAAAUAGGCCUCCUAAGGUUAUUUCCCUGAAAGGCAAAAAGGGAGUUGGAGCUAUAUCUUCCUCCGAGCGAGGCACACUAGUAACGGCACUGUUUUGUUGUUCCGCUGCUCGGGCAUAUAUUCCUCCUACACUAGUUUUCCCAAGGAAAAAGAAAAAUCCAAGGUACAUGGAAGGAACUCCACCAGGCUCUUCUCAGUUAGUAACUGAUUCUGGAUGGAUAAGUUCCGAAGCUUUCCUGGAGUGGAUGAAGUUUUUUGUAAGCAACGUUAGACCAAAUGAAGACCAUAAAUGUCUAUUAAUCUUAGACAAUCAUGCUUCUCAUAGGUCUAUUGAUGUCCUUGAUUAUGCCUCUCAGAAUAAUGUCAUCAUUUUGUCGGUUCCACCCCACACGACACACAAGCUCCAGCCGCUAGAUGUGUCCGUUUAUGGCCCUUUCGGAACUUAUUUCCAAAAUGAAAUUGACAAGUGGCAAAAAGCGCAUCCUGCACAACGCGUUACGUUGUUUGAUGUAGGCAAAAUUUUUAAUAAUGCCUACCUUAAAGCUGCAACACCAACAAACGCUAUAAAAGAACCAGAGGUCCGUAUUAACCAUAAUCCUCAAGAUAUGAAUGUUAUUGAAAUUGGACCGCCCAAUACAUCUGCCCAUAAUGAUAUCGCAAAACCUGAACCUUCUGGUCUCAAUAAUAGUACGACCUUAAAACAAGCUAGUGACGCUCCAAAAGGAAAUAAUCGCAUUAAAAUUAUUGAUAUUCAUAUUAUACCUAAAUGUGAUAAACGAAAAGAACCCAAAACAAAAAGGAAUCAACAGAGAUCAGGGAUUUUGACUUCUACGCCAAUUAAAGAAGAAAUUACAGAAAAAAGUAAGAGCAAAGAAUGUGUCAAAAGUGUUAGAAGGAAGAUCCAACAAGAGACAGAUUCCAGCAAACUGAAAAUACCUCGUCCACCUUCACCACCGAAAACCGCUCCAGAUGAAGAAGAAACUCCAUGUUUGAUAUGUGACGAUUCCUUUGAAAACUCCAUUCCAGGCGAACACUGGAUACAGUGCAAUUUCUGUGAGAAGUGGGCACAUCAGAAAUGCACAAGCUACAAGACUGGAAUUUAUAUUUGUCAGGAUUGUCAAAAUCAGGUCAAAGAUCAGAGAACAUAA